UUCCCGGCGGCCCUCGCGGCAGGCUGAGGGCGUCCGGGCAGUUCGCGAUGGCCGCGGCUGGUUCCGCUGCCGUGUCAGGGGCCGGGACCCCAGUGGCGGGGCCCACAGGCCGCGACCUCUUUGCCGAGGGGCUCCUGGAGUUCCUGCGACCCGCCGUGCAACAGCUCGACUCUCACGUGCACGCGGUCAGAGAAAGCCAAGUAGAGCUCCGGGAACAAAUUGACAACCUAGCUACAGAACUGUGCCGGAUCAAUGAGGAUCAGAAGGUGGCCCUGGAUCUGGACCCUUAUGUUAAGAAGCUGCUUAAUGCCAGGCGACGAGUUGUCUUGGUCAACAAUAUUUUACAGAAUGCACAGGUAAAUAACAAUAAUAAUUCCAGCAGCGCAUAAUGGUGCACACUGUAA